AUGAAUGGCAAACUCACUUUCAAAUUUCCACCUCCUCCUAUUUCCAGGUCUCAUAUGGCUGGUGUUAUUGAUAAAUGGUGUAAGUCUAGCACUGCUGUACAUUUUGAAGAGGCAGGUUGUGCUGUAUGUGGGCAGCUUACUUUGUGCACUGAUCUUUCAGCUCUCAAGAAUAUGAAAAAUUACCUGCAUUUACUAGAAGCUCAAUCUGUUACCCGGGCUUUCAGAAAUUCUCCAAAUGAGCCAAUUUCAGACAUUAAAGGCCCAGUAUUAGACAAAUCAGCUGGUGAUAGAAUUUGCAAUAAUUGUCGUUCUUCUUUGAGGUCUGGAAAUGUACCCAAGCUAGCAUUAUGUAAAGGUCUUUGGUUGGGUGAUAUUCCAGAUGAACUUAAAAACUUGACUUUCUAUGAAAAAAUGUUGAUUGCAAGAGUCCGUCAUACUAAAUGUUUUGUCAGAGUUCAAAAAGGUUCCACUAAUUAUUCCAAAUUAGUGUCCAAUGUCAUAGCAUUUGAGAAUCCCAUUCCCAAAAUAUAU